UUGCUGCGACUUCUCUGCAACAGUCAAGAUGGCGGACAGACCAGUUCCCGUAACCGAGAAGCGACUGAUGGAUGUGAAGCUGGGAGAGCUGGGGACCUGGGUUGGAGGUCGAGACUUCAGUCCCAAUGGCAUCAUCUCAGCCAUCCGCAGGGGCCACGAUAGAUACUACAACAAGUACAUCAAUGUGAAGAAGGGAGGCAUUGGUGGUAUAGCUAUGCUGCUGACUGGCUACAUAGCAAUCAGCUACCUGUGGAGCUACGACCACAUCCAACAUGAUCGCUGGAGGAAGUACCACUAAGGCCCUUCAGCAGCCAUCAGACCUUCAGGGGUUGAACUUGAAUCUCUUUGUUCUCCCUGCGCUUUCUACUCUCAGCUCUCUGUUGUGUUGAAUAUGUGACUGUUGUGACCAAUAAACAAUA